AAGAUUGGUUUCAUCGAUAAAUAUCUAAAAUUUUCAAGUGUAUUUGAAUCAUUUCCAAUUGACGUUGACACAUUUCUGCACUUUUCCGAACUUGAAGAAAGUACAUUGUCAAAAUUAAUAAAUGAUGCUGAAAAGUUGAAUUUAGAUGAAACAGCUUUUUAUCACAGAUUUUCAGAACUGUUCAUUCAUAAUGUAAAAGAAACAAACCGUUAUAGUUCAGAUGAAAUUGCAGCAUUUUUAGAAUAUUUAACACAAUUUCAAACUUGUUUUCCGCUUUAUUGUGGUGGAAUAUUUAAGACCUUACAAAGUAUAAAGGAUGUCCAAGACGUAUAUUGUCUACUUUCUAAUAAAUCUAUUCCCGAACAAUGUCAACGACGUCUAUCCAAUGAUAUUUAUUUGAGACUAAAAGAUUUAUCAAUUAGUGACUUCAGUCGAUUUAUGAAGCUAAGUGCAGAAAAACUGAAACUGGAUUAUAAACCAAGUUUCAAGAGUAUAGCUGGAACGAUUUUAGAAAUAUAUCUUCAAUAUCAAGUACGAGGCAUCCAUUUUCGCGGAAAAAACGAUUUAGACAAUCUAAAAACACUAUUUUGUUGCAGUAUACAGUUUGCAAAUAAUUCUUCUCUCUCGUUGCUUUUGGAAUGUAUCAUAGAAACAUGUGACGAUCAAAAUGCAACAUGUAUUCGAAGAAUUAUCAAAUUGUUUGAAAUGUUAAGCGAUUUGGAUAAUGGUUUGCAAAAUUUUGAUCCAUCAUCUAUCGUGAAGGAUGACUGGAUUGCGUAUUUUAUUCCCCGUUGGCCAAUAGACUGGAUUCAAAUAUCAUGUGACGUUUAUGAACAUUUAAUAUCAAUAAGUAGAAAUAAUAAAUGGAUCUUAUAUUUAUGGGAAAGAUUUGUUCUGCUAAGUUUAUUAGACGUACAACCAACACAAUGUGAAACAAAUUUAGAAGAAUUUAAUGUAUGGCUUAAAAACGCGAAAAUUGAUGUCCAUAACGGAAACGAUUAUCUAUCAGCUUUUUUAAUAACAAGUUUAUUUCAUAAUGUCGAACCGUUUUUAAAAGAAUUAGCAUUGCCUGAAAUGGAUCACAUAAUAUGUUAUCUACUGAACUUAAAAAAUCAAGCAAGAAAUCUAUCUUCAUCAGUCGAAACAAAUUUAAAAUCAUUUGAAAUAUUUUGUGAACGUAUCAAUAAAAUUAUACGUAAUAUUGUAUGUUUAACAGCGCCACGUUCAAUAUUUCAAGAAACUCCUAAUCGUCUCAAAAGCAAUAUAUUAAAUCUUUUUGUUAGUGAUCCAUCAUUAUUUACAACAUUUAAAAUUUCGGACGAUCUGUUACACUUUCCAAAAAUUCAUCCAUCUAUAUUAAAUUUGAGAAAUCAACAGCAACCGAACGAUAUUGUAUUAUCCAAUGGUUUAGUGGAUAUUGUACAGCGAACGUCUGACUGGAUUAAAUGGUAUGAUGGAUUUAUUGAUACAUUUCUUCCUAUACUCGAUUGGCUGAACUCUUACGAAGUCCAAGGUAUCAAUAACAUAAUGCUUGCUGUAAAAGAGGGGAGAAGAGGCACUUUUCAAGUAUUUAUAAUGCGAACGACAAUUCAACAAAUUGCAGAUAUACUUGAAACAUUGAAAAAUCAUUUAUUUCGAUUAUGUUAUUUAUUCAAUUGUUUAAAACCCGUGAUGGUUAUUGAUAAUGGAAUUACAAAAAGGUUAUCACAAGAAUUUAUUGAAGAAAUGAAACGAUCAGGAUCCGACAAAAUCAUUGAGGUUAAAGAACGAAGCAGUCAGUUGCAAACAGUUAAGAUACAAGAUCGUCAAUUGGUUCAAUGGUUUAUUGCUUCUGAGAGAUCAAAUUGUAAAGUUUCAACUACAUAUAUUCCUCACACGGGUACUUGUGAAAUUUUAUUUAAUAGUCUUAAUUCCCCAUUGGAUAAAUAUGUUUUUGCUGGAAAAUUUGAAACAAAUCAAAGUGGUGUACUCAAUAUAUCAGUCGAAAA